AUGCAGACUAAUUUGGAAAACUUUCAAAACCAUAAAGACCUAAUAUUUUAACUUUUUAUGUUGAUCAAUUUAAAGAAAGGUGUUUAUGACUUGUGAUAAUGAGGCACUGAGAACUGAACAUAAUAAGAUUGUAAAGAGCACUGGCAGAGUGAGGAACUUAAAGUGUGAGAUGACCUCAUAUUUGCAGGGAAGUGAAAAUACGUAAAGAACGAGGCACUUGUUUGAGACAGAAAACAGAGGUGAAAUAGAUACUGCUCAAGCCAAAAAAGAUCAUAAAGAAAACACUAUUCAUCUGGUCCAGAGAGGCACCAUGUCUUUUGCUGAUGUUGACAUGGAUAUCCAGAGAGCUGAUGAGGAGCCAGGCCGAGCCAGCGAAGGAGAGCUGCCCUUGGUAUAUUGCUACCAAGCUGCAGAGCUCAUGCCAGACGACAAAGGGCCGCUGCAUGACCUGCUGCAGAAGCAACCUGCUGUGUUGGGGUCGGUACAGAUGGUGAGCGGUUUCCUCACUGUUGGAGUGGGAAUUCUUUUUGCUGUUACCCAGGAGAUGACACAGUCCCUUUUCACUCUGUUCAGAGUUUCCCACCUGACUGGAGCACUCUUCAUCAUUGCUGGAGUUGUUUCCAACCUGCUGUUCAAAUAUCCAGGAUUACUACCUCUGUCCUUCAGGGUUAACUGUGGCUGUAUUAUUGUAGCAGUGGCUGCAAUCUGCCUGAUAAGCGUUGACCUGGCUCACUGGAUUCCAGAACAUGAAAAGUAUUUGAAGAUGGAGGUGCUGGCCCUUUGUGUGUUGGGGCUUGAGGUUUCCCUCUCUGGAGUCCUCUGCUUCUUGUUCUUUAAAGAGAGACGUGACUAAAUCACCGUGGUCAAACUGUUAUCAUUAUUCAAGAAUUCUGUGCUUUAAAUUAACUUUGUGUAUAGAGAAACAAAUGAGCCAUAAAUUAGUGUUUAAAAGAAGUAAAACCACUUUAUUAAACUAGCAAACUUUUUAUGUUCUUAUGUUUUUCUUUUGUACAUUAUGUGUGGUU